AUGGCGGCGACCAAUGGCACAGUCACGGACACGUCUUUUAUUUAUCAGCAAUUCUAUCAAUCAGACUCUGAUGCCUUCAAAACUAUUAAAUUGAUAGUGGUUGUGUUAAUGUCUCUUUUCUUCAUCUUUGUAAAUUGUGUCAUGCUUUUUGCUCUAGGAAGCAAAUCCAUCUUUUUUCAGACACCACGCUACAUUUUGUUCAGUCACAUGCUUAUAAAUGAUUCUGUCAUUUUGAUGGUCACCACUGUCAUGUAUAUUUUGUCUAUUUUCCUCUUAUAUAUCACCAAAGCUUUGUGCUCUCUUUUAGUCUUUGUCUCUCACAGCACUUUCCGUAACGCUCCUCUGACACUAGCAGUCAUGUCUCUGGAGCGGUACGUGGCUAUCUGUUUUCCUCUUAGGCACUGCGACAUUGCCACACCAAAAAGGACCAGCAUCGCUUUAGGACUCAUCUGGAUGCUAAGCACUCUAACUAUUGCUAUAGAUAUUAUUUAUGCAUUAAUUGUCAACCCCAAUCAUUUAUCAGAUAUAACAUUUUGCACACUAGAGAAACUGUACAUAGCCAAAUGGCAAAUGGAUAAAAAUCAAGGGUUUGAUGUUCUUUAUUUUGUAUCUGUUGCUGUGGUCAUUAUUUUUACUUACAUUAGGAUUAUGAUCACAGCCAGGUCUGUCUCCUCUGAUAAAGAUUCAUGUAAUAAGGCCCUUAAAACUGUUCUGUUGCACCUGAUUCAGUUGGGUCUGUGUCUCUGUUCUUUUCUUUAUGCUACAAUAGAGAAGGCACUUUAUGUGAUGUCAGGGAACAAUCCUCCUCUCUUCAUAAACCUCAGAUAUCUGAACUAUCUUACUGUUCUCAUUCUGCCACGUUGUCUGAGCCCUUUAAUAUACGGUAUGAGAGAUGAUGCCUUGUGGCCUUUAUUCAAAUAUUUCCUUUGUUAUCGUUCAGGUAAAGUAAAACCUUCUGUUAAUAUACAUUAA